GGCCCCUUUAUUUUCAAAAAGAAAAAGAUGAAUUGGACUUCUGAAUUGUUCUUCAGAUCUUGCCUCCCACAAAUCAAAAUUCCAGAUUUGUAGAAUGAAAUCACAAACACAAUGUGCUUGCUCCCUCACAGAAACGACAAUGCUAGUAGUAGUCUCGCAGAGCAGUGGAAAUGAUUGACAUUAUUUUUCUACAGAUGCCAUUAAAGCCGCCCUUUGGUAAAUCCUCCGAAAAAUGUUCCUUUUCUUCCUGAUUCUGCAUCAGCAAGCUUAAUCUGCAUCACCUAGAAUGAUAAAGAUUUAAGAGAAAUUAAGGGGUUUAAAGGCAAAAAUACCGCAGCCCAGAAACAGGUGUCCACAGGGUUGCUGGCAUGCUCCAACGAUGGCAGGACCAAGCUCUGCCAGUUGAGAAUUGCAGAAGAAAGCUGCGGGAUUUUGACAUGCGCAACCUCGCAGCGGAGCCGAAUGCGUACAUGGAAUGGGAGGAGGAGAAAUGCGGGAAGACAAGAAACGUUGCGUUUGGUUGAAAGAAGAAGAGGGAGAAACGCGAACCAAAGCAACGCCAGCACGGGGACGCAAUGGUUCAAGUUCAAAAUUUCAACCUCAAAGGCAUGCCAGCAGAGCAGUAGCGGAGGCUCUCUUUAAAUUUCGAGAAAAAAGAAAAAACAAAAGGACUCACAAUCCAAGAGAAACUCCAGAAUAGAAAGAGAGACAGAGACCGGAAACGAAGCGAAAUCCCCUUUCUGGAGGCGAUUUCCUUCGCCCUGAACGGGAUAAUCGUGGAUGGCGAACGGUGGAAAUGAACGUUGGGGGACUAUGACGGUGUUGAAGAUGAACCUGAACCGCACCGCGACGACGCCCUACCAUAACAAUCGUCGAAGCCGUCCGUGGAGUCAUAGCCGCACGCGCACUGCCCUCGUGGCCGUCGUGGCGCUCCUCCUUUCCACCGCCGCCUGGCUCUCUCUUGUCUUUUCCGGUACCACCACCCACUGCUGGCACCGGUUCAAGGAUUGGGAAGGCAGCCCCCAUUCUCUCCAUUGGGCCUGGAGAAACCGUCGUCGUUCCCAUCUUCCUUCUUCUUCAGUCUUCUCCUCGCCACCGUUGCGGCAUCAGUUUUCCCCUCACAAUCGUACCCGGGGGGAUGAUUUGUCCCUACGACACGUCGUGUUUGGCAUAGCCGGUUCCUCGCGGCUCUGGAAACGGCGCAAGGAAUUCGUGAGGCUCUGGUGGCGUCCUCACGAUAUGCGGGGCCACGUCUGGCUGGAAGAGGCGGUGCCUCGCGAGGAGGGGGAUGAUUCCUUGCCUCCCGUCAUGGUUUCCGAGGACAUAUCUCGCUUCCGCUACACCAAUCCCACCGGCCACCCUUCUGGACUCCGCAUUUCCCGCAUAGUCACCGAGUGCUUCCGCCUGGGCUUACAGGAUGUACGCUGGUUCGUUCUGGGAGACGAUGACACCAUUUUCAAUGCCGAUAAUCUCGUCGCUGUUCUCCGCAAGUACGAUCCAUCCGAGAUGGUUUACAUCGGGAGUCCAUCAGAGAGCCAUUCUGCCAAUACCUAUUUCAGCCACUCCAUGGCUUUUGGCGGUGGUGGGAUCGCUAUCAGCCGCCCGCUGGCCGAGGCACUCUCCAACAUUCAGGAUGACUGCCUCGACAGGUAUCCCAAGCUCUACGGAAGUGAUGAUCGACUCUAUGCCUGCAUUUCUGAACUCGGCGUUCCCCUAACAAGGGAACUUGGCUUCCAUCAGUGGGAUAUUCGGGGUGAUGCACACGGUCUUCUAUCCUCUCACCCCAUUGCCCCUUUUGUCUCAAUUCACCAUAUCGAUGCUGUUGAUCCUUUUUAUCCGGGCUUGAGCUCGCUGGAUAGCUUGAAACUCUUUGCAAAGGCCAUGAGGCUCGAACCCAGAAGUUUCUUGCAGCGAUCAAUCUGCUAUGACCGAGCACAUAGCCUCACUUUUUCAGUCUCACUUGGUUACGUGGUUCAAGUUUUCCCAAACAUCGUUCUCGCCCGUGAACUGGAACGUUCAGAGCUCACCUACACUGCAUGGAACAAAAUACGUGAGAGGAACGAAUUCGACUUCGACACUAGGGAUCCUUAUUCAUCUGUGUGCAAGAAACCUAUCCUUUUUUUCUUGAAAGAUGUAACAAGACAAGGUAAUGCUACACUGGGUUCAUAUGCGCGGGCCAGAGGAAGAGAAGAUUUGAAGAGGAAAGUUAUCUGCUUUCCACGUUCGGUUCCUCUCCGCUAUGUGAGCAAUAUUCAGGUCGUUGGGUAUCCACUGAGCAAGAAUUGGCAUUUGGUACCUCGUCGGUUAUGUUGCAAAUUGAAUCAAACCUCUGAAGAAGGUCUUAGAUUAACAGUUGGACAGUGUGGGAAGGCAGUUUUUAGUUCUGUCACCGAUUUUGCUUGACUAUCAGCUAGGAUAGAGGCACUUCUGUCUACUCUUCUGCUGAUUUGGAUAUAUGAGAACUACCUGAGGGGGGGUGUCUUCAUCGUCGUUUGUUUUGUAAUGCUGAACCCAUUGAUACUGUCUUUCAACGGUCAUGUAUCAUCUGAGAUCCGACAUUUGACAAUACAUUCAUUCUCAUAGAGUGCAGAUAUGAGGGUACUAUGUUCACAAAGUUCAGUUGAAGACAAUCAUGCGACCCUUAAACUCGGGUACUAGCAUUGUUUACCGUCAUUUUUGUCCAGAAGGUAUUUAAUCAUGAGAUAAGAUCUAACAGAUGGAUUAUUGAAGGCCUUCCUUCGAAGAAUAGGAGACUUUUGGGAGGGGGAAUUUAUUACCAUCAGAGUUGCAUACAUACUACUUGAUGUUGGCUUUAUAGAUUCUUUUUAUUUUGGAAUGAUUAGCCACAUCUAGGGCCAAAUAUCUUGUAGACAGAGAAGUUUAAGAGUUUGAGUGUCCAUAAGUCAAAUCUGUGUUUGUGAAACUAGUGAGAUUUUUAACAUUUAUUGACCAGAGCACCUUCUUUUCAAAUGAUGAUAAGGAAAACAAAAUUUGUUUCACUAUAACAUAUCUACAAUAGUCAGGGAUACAUGUGUGUGUGUGUGCAAAGAAAUAUCAACCUUGGCUCUGCCAAGUUUGAAACAUUUUGAUGCUAGCCUGCCCAAUGUAUUGACUGGCAUCGGGCCAGGUUGGUUCCAUUCGAUUUGACCAAGUUAUAGCUGCAACAGCCCACUGAAACUAGCUUCUGCAGUGGACUUCCAUCCAUAGUUUUACUGAUUUUUUUAAAAGUGGUUUUAACGAUUUUUUUAGUAAUAGUUUAAUUCGACAAUUAGGUGUAGAUACAAUGAUUUUGAUGUUAAUUCCUUUAUUUUGGAGUUUUUAUGACUCAGAAUUUUGUCUCUUCAUAGUCUGAAAAGUUUUAGAAGUUGAAACCUCUUAACUGCAAGCAAUUGUGGAGGGUGUAUAUGUUUCCUGGCCAUUUGUAUAUUGCUAUGACUUGUAUGGUACAUGCUAUAGUAUACAAACUCAAAGUUUGGUGUCUCAUGAAAGUUAAGAUGGUGUAGGAGAGUAGGAAAGAAAUUUUAGACAGCAGUUUAAAAUGUUUUUAAUUUUCAACAGACAAAAAGUUUAACUGGUGUCUAGUUGUUGGAAAAGAUUAUGUGGGUCUACUCUUUGCAAUUGGUUCCUUACAAAAUUCUUGAAUGAUAGUUGAUGAAAGAAUAAUCGCAUUGACUUAGGAUCUUCCAUUGAUGUUAUAGGCGUGAUUAGAGAAGAUUUUAGGCUCACACUUCCAGGCUUUUUUAAGCAUCACGCUUAGAUUCUAGGCUCACACAACUGAUUUGAUUUUCUGCUCAACCGUAUAUCGUUGAUUUUGUUUUGAAAUUACUCAAAACCAUUCUGUUCUAAGGAAAGCAAGUAAUGCAAACAAAAGCAUAACAGAAGGGAGAAAAAAUAGUAGUGUAAAUCAACUUUGCUAAUUUAAUAUAUAGUUUUCUUUUUAAUGUGCCGAUAGUCUCGUCCCUUUUUCAUUUCGAGGGGAAGAGGGUAUUUUGUUGAAUUUUGUUAUAAUGCAUGGUGCGCAAGCUUGAGACCUUUGCUAUUUUUAUUUUGUUCUUGUGGAUUCUAAGUGGUUCAUGCUAUGUUGAAUACCAUCAAGUCUUAAACAUUAACUUCUGUUGAUACUUUAAAUGACGGCAGAGAAUCCAUCCUAACUAAUAUUUUGUGCCUUGAUACUUAAUGAGCACGAAGCAUUAUUUCUGUGGCUUGAGAUUUUAUUAUUUACCUAUUUGGUGAGCUCAUGCGUCUAGUGAUUUUGCGACGUAGGGGCCAUUGGGGAAGGAGUUCAGCCAUCUUUGAGUUGAUCAUGCCUUACUGCAGUUGCAGAGUGAUUGAAAAAGUUGAGAGCUAGAGAUCUCAAAGGUCACUCGCGCUGGAAAGGAAUAGGAGAUUGGUUGCAACCCCUAAUUUUGUUUUCAAAUAACCAAAUAGUUUCAUCAGGGAGGCUUUGUAUGUUUUGACAGAGUGUCUCAGUGAGGUGGCGGUUUCAUGGUGUUGCCUGGUUAAUUGGCAUUUGAGGUUGCUAAAAGAAUAGAUGAGGCUGAAGCAAGUGGCUUUCUAUCUUUGGUUGAGAUGAAAUGUGGGAAUAUAUAUGUUUCAUAGGUGAGCAAAACUAUGGGUCUUGGUGGGUUCAUGCAAUGAAAGCUAGUUUUAUGGCGCACCUAAGAGGGUGUCAAAGUAUGAGAUUGUUCAAUGCCAUGCUACUCUGUUACGCUGGGAACUUUUGGGAAAAAGUGGGAUAAAUGUGGCCAACAUAAGCCAUUACUGGCUCAUAUAUACAGCUGCAACUUGUAAUAUCAUGUGUGGGGCUUGUGCUGAUAAUAAAGUUGAUGUUUGGGAAGUUGUUGAGACUCAUCAAUGAAAUAAGAGAUAAUGUAACCCAUGUUUGAGACUGAUUAACACUGGGUUACUACAAUAAAAGAGAGAGUGUAAUUAGAUUGGUUGCCUUCUUACUGAUUGGAGCAGUAUUUAUAUGCUAAAGAUAGUUACUGCGCUUAGUUGGUAGUAUAGUUAAGUCUAGCUGGCAUAACUAUUAGCAGAUUCUGUUCUUCAGUGUAGUUAGAUUAGUCAAUGAUUAGUUAGGAAGCUAGAGAAUUUUUCUGGUUGAUGCAGGUCAGAUCACAUUGUGUGUAUACGUAUAAAAUUUUGUACUGUUGAUUAAUUACUGAGAAGUAAGUUUUCAUGUUCACAUAAUAUCUCUCUCCUCUUCGUUGUGUUUAUCUGUUUUUCUUCUUCUUCAUUAUCAUCAUCUCCUUUUUCUUCUCGCAUACAGUUGCAUUGCUGAUAUAGACCUUCCUUAUUUGUUGUCAUUAUAGCAUCUGUAAAUGUUUGCACUGCCACUUGAACAAGUUGUUUGAGUUCAGUCAGUUUUGGUCGACACUGAACUCAAGAUUGGUACGUUCUAACCACAUGGAAGUUGACUAAAGAUACACGUGGAGGUGUUUUAAUCUGGGCUGCAUUCUAUUGCAGGAACUGUGGGGUUAACAUUUGCCGAGGAAAAAAAGACAUGGGGGGAUAUCAGUUUCAAAGCAAUAAUCUGUGGGGUCCUGUGCAUGUUCUGAUUUGCUGCGGCAAUUUAUUGUAGGUCUGGUUUUUAUGUGCUUGAAGAUGACAUUCUCAUGUUAUUAGAGAAAAGUGAAUGUGGACAGUGAAUUUCCUUCCAUCCUGAAUAUAACCUUUUGUUAAUUGUAAAUUUAAACCCCUGUAAUGUUUCAAUAUCUUCAGCUCGGGAUGAGGUGUCGAUUUCCUGUGGACUCUCUUCCUCUUCCCUUUGCUGCAGGUGAAAUCUUGUACUUUGCUGCUGAUCAUUCAGCUUUUCAGAUGAAAAAGAAAACAACUACCCUAUGACAAAUUCAGCCUUCUA